CUCCCGGUGGAGGCGGGAGGGCAGACAACACCGACGCCGCCACCGAAACCGUGGUCAUGACGACGUUCUGGACGGCGCCGCCGCCGGCGCGCAACUUCAACGAAGACAAGGCCACGCUGAUUGUGUGCUGGUGGUGCACCAUGUUCGCCGUAACUAUCAUCAUGUUCCGCGUUACGGGGCGCUAUAUCCGAACUGAGAAGCUGUUCCCCGAGGACAUCAUCGCUUCUCUUUGCAUCAUACCCAUACUGGCAAGGAUGGCCUUGGUCCAUGUUGUGCUGCUCUAUGGCACGAAUAAUGUUAUCACAGAUGGGUUGAGCCAGCUAAAUAUAUCACACAGGGAGAUAGGCAGCCGGUUGGUGCUGGGGAGUAGGAUAUUUUAUGCUGCUUCCCUGUGGAUGCUCAAACUCUCUAUUGCUGAAUUCCUGAAGCGCCUCACACAAAACAUCUGGCGCUCAACGCACGAGCUCGUCUUACGGCUCAUGUACUACUACCUCGGCGCAACCAUGAUUGCCGUCGUGAUCGCCGACCUCGUCGAGUGCCGGCCCGUCACACACUACUGGCAGGUCGUCCCCGACCCCGGGCCCCAAUGCCGACAAGGCUACGCCCAACUCAUCACCAUGGCCGUAGCCAACGUAACGACCGACCUCCUCCUCGUCAUCUUCCCCAUCCCCCUCAUCUUCAACUCCCACAUGCCGCUCUCCCGCAAAACCAUGCUCACCAUCCUCUUCGGCCUCUCCCUAAUCCCCAUCGGCAUCACCCUCUCCCGCGUCCCCUACGUCAUCCGUCACCAGGGUGCACAACACUACCGCUCCAUUUGGGCCAGCAUCGAGAUCCUCUUCGCCACCGCCGUCGCCAACGCCUUAGUCAUCGGCUCCUUCGUCCGCGACAAGGGCGUCAAGAAACCCAAGUACAAGCUCGGCUCCGCAGGCUCCAUGGAGCGCACCAUCUCCUCCCGCCGUGGCCGCGUCUAUGGCCCCGGCGCAGUAGCAUUCAAACAGUGGGGCAGCGACGAAGAACUCGUCCGCGGCCUCGGCAUCGGCGUCGACGCCGACCUCCGCCCUGAGAGCGGCGCAUCCAUAGCACGACCCGCGCCGGUCGCAGAGCCGGGUGGAGGCGUGGACAGGAGUUGGCGCUUCCCCUCGCAGCGACGCAGCGACGUGUCGGACGUCGAGACGGUGGGCGACUAUGAUCCCCGCCAUGUCCCGUCUACGAACCGCCGAGACGACAGUUUCUUCGACGUCGGCGGCCUUCUGGGUCCGGAGUCGCCGCCGCCGCCGCCGCCAGUUAAUAAACGCAAAGGCCCUUCGCGGAAAGGAAGCCUAGCUGGUCCAACCCUGUCGCGGAGGGGGUCGGCGAUGGUUCCGCCGAGGCGGCGGAGCGCAUCGCCGUUUGAUAGUUUCCCGGCCCCUGUGGCGGGGCCGCUGGAUGACCCCGCAAAUACAGGGGGCGCGGCGGUGUUUCUACAGGAUGUGGGCGGGUUGAUGGAAGAUGGGCCGCCGAUGACGGCGGCGCAGGCAGCGCAGGGGGCGUUGGCUAGGAGGGGGAGCGAGGGGGGCUUGUUGAAAGGGUGGAGUUUUAAGAAGAGAGAGGAGAGGGGGGUGGAGAUGCAGAGUCUUGGUGCGAGGGAUGGGAGGAGGACGUCGGUGCCGUCGGGUCCGCAGGGUGGUGGAGCGAAUAAUAGUAAUCCCAAUGCGGAGGCUAGUAGGGGGAGGAGGAGGAGGAGGGAGGAGGGGAUGGAUCUUAAUGAUGUGGGUGGGCUGCUUUUUGUGAUUUAAAUGACGGCGGAUUUGUGGUUUGGCGUUAUGGGAGGGUGGCAUAACCUGUUUGGCGUUUUUGGUGGGAAGGCGGGGAAGAUAAAGUAUACCCUGCAUUAUGGAUGCAUAUGUAGCGAUUAUGAUGGAUGGGGGGAAGAAGGGGGGUUGGAAUAUUUAAAUAGGGGUAUAGAGAAUACUAUCUGUGAAGAUU